CAGGAUUUCCGGCUCCUUUCCAUUUGCCCUAUGCUGUUUUGUUUCCGUUUAUUCUAUUUCCGUUUUAAAAGUUUUCUACGCGCAGAGUUAAAGUGUCAUUUUAGCAGAUUUGUGUUUAAGUCACGAAUCGCGAUGCGUUUUGUGGGAUAUUUCACCGUUGCUUAGCAGCGUGGUUCGACCGUUGUGCGACGGGCUGCCUCGCGCUUGCGGUGCAUUCGUUUGCUAAAUAGUAGCUAACUUGGUUCACUGUAAACCAGGUUCCGUGUCCCGACACGUGUAGCCUGCUGCAUAUAUUUAACUUCUAUUUGUUUCUACAACACGUGUUUAUGAUGUAUUCAUAUGUUUGCUCAAUAUUUUUGGCAACUUUGGCCUACCAGUUGGCCUUAAGACUCCAAAGCCUCGCCCUCGAGUUGGCUAACGUUAGCAGUCGGAACAGUCGGAGAACUGUUCUGGGCGGUCAAUGAGGAGUCGAGGCUGAAAGGCCCACAUGGUAGAAACCCCCAAAUUGCUUCAUAUUUACGUCAUCGACCCAUAACCCACUGCCUCACAUGUAAACACAUAUUCUCUAUUAUUGGGACAGCAAUGUUUUGAACUUUUUGGAUGCCUUUUUUUAAGUAGUUUGUACUACUAAACUUUCCAAUUACAGAAUAAUAAAAAGAAAACCACCUGAAGUUAUUGUGCUGCAGUGAGCAAUGUAUCUGUGCCAUUGAGUGGCAUUAUGUGAAGGGAACCGUUUUUAAUAUUCAGUCCUAAUAUUUAUGAAAUUAUUAUAUUACAGAACAGCCACCAUUUAUUAGCCACAUAUAACUAAUGGCAUGUUCUUCUAUCAUUAUAUCAAAUUCUUUGGGGCUUGUUGAUGACAUCUGUUGUCACUUUUGGACUCUAAAAAUGUUUGGCUCUCUACAUACAACAGAAUGUCUAAGAGUGAACCAGAAGAGAUGAUAGAGAUCGAGAUCGAUGAACAGGAGAAACAGGCAUGUCUGGAGGAAGGGGUGGAGGAGCAGACCAUCACUGCAUCAGACUUGAUUCAACAAGAUAUUGACAUCAAUGAGCCCAUUGGCAAUUUAAAAAAGCUUUUGGAGCCCCGUAUCCAAAUGUCACUGGAUGCAUAUGAUAUUUGCUUGCAGGACAUUCAGCUUCACCCAGACCACAGCCUCUUUGAUCAGGGAGUAAAGACGGACGGCACAGUGCAGCUCAGCCUGCAGAUAAUAACCAAACCAGGUGAGGAGAAGUUGAACAUUUUGGAAAUCGUGAAGCCGGUGGAAACGGUAGAGGUGGUGAUCGAUCCAGAUGCAGCAGGAGAGGAUGGAUCUCUGGUGGAGGACGGCCAACUCAUUGCUGUUGAGCGAUCCGGCCUGUCUGAUGAGACGUCGGAGCAGGUUACACGCUGGGCCGCAGCACUCGAAGGCUACCGCAAAGAGCAGGUUCGCCUGGGCAUACCAUACGAUCCUGUGCUCUGGUCAGCUGACCAGGUGAUCCACUGGGCUGUAUGGGUAAUGAAAGAGUUUAACAUCGACGAGAUGGAAAUAGGCAGCAUUCACAUCCCAGGUCGUGAUCUGUGCUUAUUCAGUCAGGAAGAGUUCCUUCAGAAAGUGCCCAACGGAGAGAUCCUCUGGAGUCACCUGGAACUGCUGCGCAAAUAUGUGUUGGCGAGCCAGGACCAGUCUGGAGGGGACGCGACUGUCACCAUUGAUCAACCUGUCCAGAUAAUCCCAGCUCAAGUGAGCACACCCACUACCAUUAAGGUGUUGAAGCAGAGCCGUGGCCCCAGAGCUCCCCGUAUUUCUGGAGGAGAGGAGCGCAGCUCACCUGGUAACCGCACAGGCAACAACGGCCAGAUCCAGCUUUGGCAGUUCCUGCUGGAGCUGCUGACGGACAAGGAUGCAAGAGACUGCAUCUCCUGGGUGGGUGAGGAGGGCGAGUUCAAGCUCAACCAGCCGGAGCUUGUGGCACAGAAAUGGGGUCAGCGCAAAAACAAGCCUACUAUGAACUAUGAGAAACUCAGCAGAGCCCUCAGGUAUUACUACGACGGGGACAUGAUCAGCAAGGUGCAGGGCAAGCGCUUUGUCUACAAGUUUGUGUGCGACCUGAGAACUCUGAUUGGCUACAGCGCAGCUGAGCUCAACAACCUGGUGACCGACUGUGAACAGAAGAAACUGGCUCGCAUGCAGAUGCACGGCAUCGGACAGCCCAUCACCACAGUGACGCUGGCCACCACCACACUAGACAAAGACAGUUAAGGGAGACCGGCCGCAUUAAAGCGUCCUCCAGCUGCCAAAGUUUGCUCCCCACCGCUGACUGGAAAUCAAAUCAACUUUCUUCUUUUCUUUUUUUUUUCUUUUUUGACACAACUGUGUCCAUCAGACACAGAAACGCAAGGCUGAUCCCUGAUCAGUGUGGAUUAUGAACUUUAUUAUUGUCUUUACUGUUUGACCAAGGCAGGUAAAACAUUCUUUUUCUUUUAUAUUCUUUUCCUCAACUCUAACCAAGAGAAGUGUGUUCAGGAUGAGGCGGCCGAAUGUCUGUGAUUACUGCGAGAAGAUGUGUGUUUGACUGAAUGCUUGAAUGUGUGACUGAGUGAUGAGCUUUGUGUAAUGCGUUCGUCUGUAGUUUAGGAUCGUUUCCACUGUAUAUACUGGCAUUUCAUGUUUUUGAUAGCCACCAGGACAAGUGUAUUUUCAUACUUUCCAUUAAUAGAAGACCUGUUUUGUAUUUUAUUUAGUGUUUUGUUCCCUAAAUUGUUGGACCCUUUUUUGUCCACUAGAGGGAAUAAAGUGGCAAGCAUUUUUCUAAA